ACUCCAAGCUCCAGCUCCAGCUCCAGCUCCAGCUCCUACCAUAACCUCUCCCUCCUCCUCUCUUUCUCUCUCUCUUCUGUUCAGCUUCCUCCUGUUCGAAUCCCCCCCCUUAGGGUUUCCCGGAUUUCAAGCACUCUCUCUCUCUCUCUGUCUCUGUCUCUCCGCCGAUCGCCGAAGCCGUCGCCGUCGCCUGAUCCGGGAGGCCUCCGUUUGUUUUGGCCGCUUCCGCUUCCGGUUGGGGUACUCUGAAGCGGCCGGGCUGCUCUUGAUUCCGCCGACCCCCCACCCCAGCGCUGCGCUUGGUGUUGUGGUGCGUGUUGUUUUUUUUUCUUCAGCUCCUUCUUCGAUUCCGUUCCUUGGCUCGAGCGAGCGAGCGAGCGAGCGCGAGAGAGAGAGAGAGAGGGGGUGGGGGGGGGGGGGGGGGGAAGGCAGGGAGAUGGUGAGGGGGAAGACGCAGAUGAAGAGGAUAGAGAACGACACGAGCAGGCAGGUGACGUUCUCGAAGCGGAGGAACGGGCUGCUGAAGAAGGCCUUCGAGCUCUCCGUCCUCUGCGACGCCGAGGUUGCACUCAUCAUCUUCUCCCCGAGGGGCAAGCUCUACGAGUUCUCCAGCUCCAGCAGCUUGAGCAAGACAAUAGAAAAGUAUCAGAAGAAAGCCAAGGACAUGGGAUCCAAAACUGCUGAAAUUCCUAUGCAGCUUUCCAAGGGAAACACUCUUGAUAUGGAAAAGAAGAUCGAGCAUUUCGAAGUGUGUAGAAGAAGACUCUUAGGAGAGGGUCUGGAUUCGUGUUCGAUCGAGGAGCUCCAACAAACAGAAAACCAGUUGGAAAGAAGUCUCACCAAGAUCAGGGCAAGAAAGAACCAUUUGAUAAAGGAGCAAAUUGAGCGGCUAAAAGCAGAGGAGCGGAAACUACUUGAAGAAAAGAGAAAGCUACUUGAAGAGAUUGAAUGUGGCAGAGGAUUGACCCCGGUCUCCAGAGAACCACCUCGUGAAGAAAUCCGCACGGAGACUAUGGACGUCGAGACCGAGCUGUUUAUAGGACCACCAAAAAGAUGAACUGCUCUCGUCACCUAUACCGUGAUUGCUCCAAAUAAUGACUAUAGCACCGGGGAAACGCUUCCUCGGUUGCUCUUUUCUUCUUCGAUCUUGAGGCAAAAUAAGUUGAGUGAACAUGUUCAUUAAAGUUUUAUUUCAUGAUGAGUGCGUACUUGCUUAUUGUUGCUCGAUUGCCUGAUAAUCUGUAUAUUAACAAGGCACGUCAUUUCCUCUCUCUCUCUCUCUCUCAACACAGACCAUGUAUCAAAUCACUUGCUAUUUGAGCAUCUUGAAAUUCUUGGAA